AGCCAGUCGAGUGUGCCUUGCACGUCUCACCUUCGAGAGCCAUCAGACAGGCUGAGGGACCAGUCCAACGGGCAGCGUAGAAAAGGAAGAUCAGUCAUAGGCAUUCGUGUGCAGAAUACAGCGUGAUUAUUCUCGAGGAGCCCUCCUGAAGACCCCGCAAUUCUCCGACUCUCUUCGUGGUGCCGCCGCUGUCCACCGCCCACAACGCAAAGAUGGCUUCCCCCUCCACAGCAAACGGCCUCGUCGACCCGUUUAGACUGGUGCGACUGGCAGAAGAGAAAGUGCACAAUGUGUCAUCUCCCUUCUUUCCGCACCAUCAACCUGCUAGUUCUUCCGGCGCGUCGCGAGCGAUUGCGCGACAGCAGCAGCAGUCACAGCUUUUGAACGGAGCAUGGGACCUCGACGCCUUCCGACGAGAUCUGGUAAUCAAGAUCACACGCAUGUCUUCAGAGCGUGUCGAGUUUGACCUGAUUGGUGUCGAUGCGUCAAUAGCCAACGCCAUCCGGCGCGUGCUAAUUGCCGAGGUACCAACGGUGGCGAUCGAGAAUGUGUACAUCUUCAAGAACAGCAGCAUCAUCCAGGACGAAGUGCUCAGCCAUCGCCUCGGCCUUGUUCCCAUCAAGAUCGAUCCGGACAUGAUGCAGAUGAAGAGCACGGGUGACACGCCGGACGAUAUGAACACGCUCGUCUUUGUCCUCAAUGUCGAGUGCACGCGAAAUCCCGCCUACCACAUUGGGCGUAAGAACAAGGGAGCAGUCGUAUCAGCAGCAACCCAGGAGACUGACCCGGAAAAGCUGUACGAGAACCCCAAUGUGCUUUCUGGCAUGCUCGACUGGGUUCCGCAGGGGAAUCAGCAGGAGUGGAACUUUGCGACAGCCAACAACCCGUCUGCAGACAAGCCACGGCCGGUGCACGACCGCAUCCUGCUGGCUAAGCUGCGCCCGGGACAGGGUGUAGAGGCGGAGGUGCACUGCGAGAAGGGCAUCGGCAAGGACCACGCAAAGUUCAGCCCCGUAGCGACGGCAUCGUAUCGCCUGCUACCUCAUAUAGACAUCCUCGCGCCGAUCGAGGGCGAGCAAGCGCAAGCGGACUUCAUCCGGUGCUUCCCGCCUGGCGUCAUUGGUAGGCGCCCGAAAAAGGGCGGUGCAAAGGGCGAGAUGGAGGUGUAUGUUCAGGACCCGAGGAAAGACACUGUCUCGCGGGAGGUGCUGCGGCAUGAACAGUUCAAGGACAAAAUCCAACUUGGACGUAUCCGGGAUUACUUUUUGUUCGACAUUGAAAGCACAGGGAUCAUCCCGCCCGAGCGCCUAUUGCUCUCCUCGCUCAAAGUUCUCACGGACAAGAUCCAGACGCUUCAACAGGCGCUUGACAUCAUGGAGAACCCACGAGACUGAUGGUGAUCGCACGCGACCUCUCCCCCGGGGUCCCGCAGCGCAACGCGAGCGAGCGAGCACACAAAACUGUAUUUCUAUAUUGCCAAGCACACC